AUGUUCUUUCCCCACAGCCUAUCCAUCACAGAUAUCUGGACCGUGGAGGUAAUAUCAGAAGAUGGAGACUGGCCGCAGGAUGCCACUUCCUCGGGAGAUGAGUCACAGAGGUCAGAAAGGAAGGAGACGCCACCAAUGGAGAACCUGCGUUACUGUGAGCUGUCAGAUUCUGCCAAAGGAGUUCUGGUGGCCCUGCUGGUGGGUGGGGUGAUAGCAGGCUUCAUCCCGAUUCUGAGUAAGCUGGCUGAGAGCGUCGAGACUGUUUCUCCUCUGCAAAUUCUACUGCUGCGUUGCCUCCUGCACCUGGUGGUGUGUGCAUUUCUGCCAUGCCACAGAGAGAACCGUACCCUGCUGUGCCUGGGCCCCAGAGUCACCUGGCAACGCAGCAUCAUCUUUGGAUUCAUUCAGGUCAUUUCAGUCGGCUGCGCCUACACGUCCUUCAUAGAAGUCUCUGCGGGUAUCGCUGCCACCGUGAGGAAAGGCUCAUUCGCCAUCUCUUCUACAGUCAUGGUCCUCUGCAUCGCCCACUCGCACCUUUCUGGCUACACCUACUUUGGGCUCUUUUGCACGUUACUGGGGCUGGUCAUCACCACACUCCCCAGCUUUAUCCAUUCUCACAACAGGAUUGACAUGAAAGCCAUCUUGGGCUACACCUUAGCCUGCUUGGGAGGGACUGCACGCGCGGUUGGCCUGAGUAUCUUUCAGUCUUUCACUCACAAGGCCAAAUUUAAUAGCUCCCUCUUUACCUUUGGGCUGGUGGGGACAAUAAUCUGUGGGCCUGCCUUGUUCUUCAUCCCACUCAUCUGGCCCGUCAGGGUCCCGACUUGGCUAUGCAUGUCGGCUGUUGCCAUCCUUGGACUGGUGAUCUUCCUGGCCACCAACUAUGCUGUCACCAAGAUUCACCCCGUCCUGGUGUGUGGCCUGCUGCAGUCUGAGGUGGUGGUGUCCUUCGUGCUGCAGUCCGUCAUACUGAAGGAAGCAGUCUCUGUCUCUGAGAUCAUUGGCAGCUGUGUCAUUGUGGUCAGUGUCAUACUGCUGAUUGUGGAGAGCGUCAGGCAUAAUACCUUACCAAACAGCAUAGAAACACCUGAAAGUUGCCAGGAGGAGAAAGCUGUUUUGCCACCCCCUAGUGAAGGUGACACUUGA